UUUGUAUGAAUAUAGUAGGUUAAAUAUUUGUGGAAGUAUAUCUUUCGCUAAAUUUAUCAGAACAACUUUUUCCUCUUACGAUCAUGUGAGAGUUGGAUAAGAGUUGGAUAUAAAUUUGGUGUACGAUCGUCGAUGUUGCUUAAUAGACUAGACAAGUGAAUACGAUAUGACGGCGAUAAAUGUCGACAAGACGUGCUCCGUGUUACCGAUUUCUCCGCAAAAUCGUCGGGAAACGUCUCUUUUGACCGAUUGUGACAUUAAUAAAAUAUUGGAAUGCAAAUUCGGUAGUGACAAUUCUCAACUUAUUGAUUGGAAGUUGGAGUCUCUCGACGGAACGAAAGGUUUCCUCGGCCAAUAUUAUCAUCUUCGCAUUACGGCGCGAAUCGACGGCAAGGCGCAAAGUUUGCAGUUCUUCGCCAAAGCUCCACCGCCGGCUCACAGCCCGCAGUUCGAAUUUCUGCAACGGUUUGACACGUUCAACAAAGAGAUCACCGUUUAUACGGAUUUGGUGCGACGGAUGGGUGCGGGUGGUCCCCCAAAGUGGAUGGUAGAGUGUUACUUUUGCAAACGAGACGUCAUCAUCAUUCUAGAGGAUGCGUCGAUAGAUGGUUAUGCUACACUGAACAAAUACGUACCGUUCGACAAAGAGCAUUGCGUUUGGCUACUGAGAACGCUUGCAAGACUCCACUCGAGGUCUUUGCUACUGGACGAGAGACUUUGUCGGGAGAGCGGCCGGACCAUCUUCGAUCUUUACGGACCACUGCUGAAGGAGGUACUCUUUGUCGAGGGGGAUGACAGGUCGGAAAGAGCCCUCAUCUCCAGUAUUACAGGUGUCUGUGCUAUGAUCGAUUUCAUCGAGGAAUUCGACGAUAAAGAGAAGAUCAUUGUUAAGCGCCGAAUUACUGAAUGGUCUCGAAAAAUUUCAAAAUUAUUGGCACCAUCAAAGGAACAUAGAAACGUUAUUUGUCAUCGCGACACUUGGGCAAAUAAUUUAAUGUUUCGAUACGACCUAGCCGGCCAAGUAAACGGCUGUUAUAUAAUAGAUUGGCAGUUUCUUUGUUAUUCUCCUCCGGCUAUCGAUUUUGUGUGUUGCCUGUACUUAACCACUGAUCGAAAUACCAGAGAUCGUCAUUUCGAUUUUUACGCCAGAAUUUAUCACGAUUCAUUAGCUCGGGGUUUGUCGGAGGAGGGUCUCGAUGUGGAAAAUUGUCUCUCCUGGACGGCAUUUCAAAAGAGUUACGUAGAGGCGCGAAACGUAGGGCUUGUUUAUGCUGCGCUCAAUCUGCAGAUAAUGCUACUAUCCAGUGAAACAACCGCGGAUUAUUUUUGCAAUUCGACCGAAAAACUUGAACAAGUUUUGUACGGGGAUGAACGAGCGGAACUUGUGCGCUAUCAAUGUGAAAAGGAGCCAAUGUAUAAGAUGCGUAUGUUAGAGAUUUUACAUGAAAUUAAAGAUUGUCUGCCUGAACAUCCGCCGAAUCUGUAAUUUUUAAACAUGAAGUACGGUAUAUUCAGAGAAGCGUAUUGGUAGCUGCUUUACGAUAAAAAAUAAAAUUGAUUGUGAUAAAAGAUUGGAAUUAUGCCAGGUAUGAAUCAUCGAUACUUUAUUUACAAUUUUUUAAUUGCUUGUAAAUUUCGAAGAAUUGUAUUAUGUCAUUCAGAAGAAAUGUAUUUGUGUAUAAUAGUUAGAAUGAAGAAUUUUCGAAUGUAUGCAACAUAUUAAUACAUGUAAAUUUUUUAUUAA